UGUGAACGGGGUCGCAGCUUGUAAACCCUAAAUUUUGGACCCACUGCUUGAAAGUCGUGAGGGGUUCGUAAAAUCAAACCCCCUUUGAAUCGCGCGUCUGGAUCGGGCUCUCGUCGUCGUUGCGUUCCGGAAACUUUCAGCUGUCAGCCAUGAGUUUCCGGUUUCACCAAUACCAGGUGGUGGGGCGGGCCCUUCCAACUGCAACCAAUGAGGCCCCUAAAGCUUACCGCAUGAAGCUUUGGGCGACCAAUGAAGUCCGCGCCAAGUCUAAAUUCUGGUAUUUCCUCAGGAAGCUGCAGAAGGUCAAGAAGGCCCACGGUCAACUCCUCGCGAUCAAUGAGAUUUUUGAGAAGUACCCUACCACUAUCAAGAAUUAUGGUAUCUGGGUGCGUUAUCAGAGUCGAACUGGCUACCACAACAUGUACAAGGAGUACCGUGACCUCACUUUAAAUGGAGCAGUUGAGCAGAUGUAUGACGAGAUGGCUUCUCGUCAUAGAGUACGCUUUCCGUGCAUCCAGAUCAUCAAGACUGGGACCAUUCCUGUUUCCCUCUGCAAGCGUGUCAACACUAAGCAGUUCCAUAAUUCCAAAAUUAAGUUCCCUUUGACCACCCGCAAGAUCCGUCCACCAACUAGGAGUCUGAAGACCACAUACAAGGCUUCUAGGCCCAACACCUUUGUGUAGGCGUAUCUAUGAGAAAGGCCUUUGCCGCACGCAGUAGUAACUAUGCUCAAUUUGUUUGUUCCACGUUGGGGCCUCGUUUUUACCCUUCAGGUAUAUCUGCGUCUUGCUUAAAUGGGGAUACAGCUAUUUAAGCCGCUUUGACAUCAUACCUCUUGAUGUCAUUAAUCACAGCCUCAGAUUGUUGUAACAGCUUCAAAACCAGUCAAUUCAAGCUGUAGUAGAUAUGAUCUUGCAGUUAUCAUGUGAUUUGUGCAGUUACAUAAUUAUAUUGCAGUUUUUGAGCAUUUGGUGCUAUUUUGAUAUGUAAAUCUCUGGCAAUUAGAACCGGAAGGUAGUGUUUUGAACAGGCCAUUUCAAGCUAGAAUUUGUCUGAACUUUGGGAGCUAGGCGAUCUAUUUCUAUGUCUUUAAGCUCUCUCAAAAUAAGUGUUAUUAAUGGCGACAUCAUAACAAAGAUGAUUCAGAAUUUGGCUUA